AGCUGAGUGUCGCAUGGUUUGUUUCUUUGCUAAGUUGCUUGAUAGCUGCUGUCAAAGCUGCUCUCUCACUGAAACGAUGAGGAUGCAGGUUUUUGGCUUCAUUUGCACCCAUGUAAUGGUUGCAUGAUCCAGCAAUGUCCCGUCCUGCUCCACCCCCCAUUUAUACCCUUAGGGGUGCUGGAGGGCCCCUUAACACUCUUCACUUUAACUGCCAUGUAGGGGACAGUCCCCUUCUAUUUUCUGGGUCAGGGAAAGGUGCCAUCCACAUCUGGAGCCUGACAACCAGAAGGACUGAGAAGGUUUUAGAAGGUCAUUCUGGCAGCUCUGUCAUCUGGGUCAGCACACGGCCAUCUGCUGAUGUCCUUGUCAGUCAGGGACGGGACAUGCAGGUUUGUCUGUGGGAUCUGAGUGAAGGGCGUAGCGAGGUGUCUGACUUUGUGUGGACCGGCAGUGUUGGAUUCUGUCAGUGUUCCAUGAUGGAGCUUAAUUCUGGAAGCUGUCUGCUGGCCUGUGCUGGACAACAGACAGAGGAGAUCAAGAUUAUUGAGCUGCCCAGUAAGACCAAAGUCUGCACAUUAGCACCAGAUGCUAAGUUGGGGAUGGUCAUGUGCCUCAAACUGUGGCAGCCAGAUGCAGGAUCUGGACCUCUCCUGUUUGCUGGGUAUGAAGACGGAUCCUUGCUGCUUUGGGACGUAGCACAGAGGUCCAAGUUGAGCCAGAUCACUGCCCACCCCGAACCUGUCAUGUGCAUGACCUUUGACACCAAGCGUCUGAGGGGUGUAUCCGGUUCCUCUGACAAGAACCUCUCCACUUGGAUGCUGGAUAGACAGAACAACCUGCAGAUCCAGGACUGUGUAACACUGGUCAACCCUGGAGUAUCCCAGCUGUGUAUCAGAGAGGACAGUAAGCUUCUGGCGUUAGCAGGCUGGGACCACCGGGUGCGGGUAUUUGGCUGGAAGAAACUGCAGCCCCUGGCAGUCCUGCAGUACCACACAGACAUGGUGCUAAGUGUGGCUUUCUCUGACCACCAAGACCCAAGACAAAGGCUGCUGGCUUCUGGAUCCAAGGACCAGCGCAUCAGCCUGUGGUCCAUCUACAGUGAGGGAACCAAUACUGGUUAAGACUGAGCUCAGAGAGCAGGUUUGACUUUUCGUCAUCGCUUCAUAAAACGUCACCUGCAGCAAUGUGGGUGUGGACAGAACUGAAAAGAAUAACAUUUUGCACUGAUCUGGUUAUUAGAGAUUUUAAAAGAAAAUCUAUUGCAUAUUGUAAUAGCAGCAUUCAUUGAUGAUAUGAAGUCAGUCUGACAAAUAAAAAUGUUGAGUCAACAACUUUUUCAAGUUCAACCAGAAUCCUAAUUGGAUUUAGAUUUGGAUUUUGAUUCAUCCACUCAAGGAUGUUAAUAGUGUGUAAUAAUAAUAA